AUGUCCACCUCCCUCGCCCCCGAGCGUCUCGAGUCCCUCCGCCAGCAGUUCCUGGCCCAUGACUCCAACCAAGACGGUUCCCUCAGCCAGACCGAGUGCACAGAGCUUGUCGCCAACAUCACCGGCCGCUCGACGGGCGACUACGCCGUGCAGUGCGUCAUCCGACUCUUUGACGAAGACGGCAAUGGCGUCCUCGACUUUGAGGAAUUCGCAUCGCUUGUCUCGUGCAUCGAGAACGGCUACUUUGACCGCGAGGUCACCCUCGAGGAUGCCUUCCGGAUGGCCGAUAAGGACCGAAACGGCGUCCUCACCCACAAGGAGCUCCGCCAUCUCCUCAAGACCAACCCCGAGUUCAGCAAGGAGGACAUCAAGCGCAUCAUGGACCAGGUCGAGACCAACCCCAGCGGCCAGAUCACCUACGAGAUCUUUGCCAAGCUGAUCGAGGAGCUUGAGCCCCUCGCUGAGUCGGAGCAAUAA